GUGGUGCACCACCCACGGGGGGUUGGGUGAUUCAAAUCAAAAUCAAAACAAACAUUGCCUGCGAGAUCCGCAAAAAUGAUAGCUUUUUAAAAUCGAUAAAAAAUAACACAAUAAACUAUUUUUUAAAACUGUAAAUCAUCAUGCAUUGUUGGGGCGCCAACAGCCACGGGCAGCUGGGCCUUGGCUUCAGUUCAGAAAUGUGCGAAUCCCCCCAACGGGUGGAGUCGCUCCCGUUCGAUCCGAGCCGUAUAGGCGCUAUCAGUGCCGGCGGAGGUCACACGCUCGUGGUGCUCGAACCGACCGGUGAGGUUUAUUGUACCGGGUGGAACAACCGAGGCCAGCUUGGGCUCGGCCAUCUGGAUGAUGUGUGCCAUUUCACGCUGAUGGGACGGUUCGGAUUCGAAGCGAUUGCUUGUGGAUGGGAUGUUUCUGGGGGUGUUUCGCACGAAGGAGAAUUGUUUAUGUGGGGAUCGAACGUGUGGCAUCAGGUAGCGGACAAAGGCGUGAAAUGUGUUACUGUUCCGACGAAGGUGGAUUUACCUCAUGGCGCGAAGGCGAAAAAGGUCUGCUUUGGACUAAGACAUACUUGCGUACUGACGGAACAGGGUAAAGUUUUAAUAUUUGGAAAGGCCAAAUGGCUGAAGGAAGGAGGAGAAAAGAUCAGAUUGAAGGUGUUGCACGGAGGAUUGGAUUUUUUCGAGUUGGAAUUCCCGGAGCCCGUUAUAGAUGUGGCUAGUGGAGAAAACCAUCUGGUUGUUCUGCUAGACAGGCAAAGGAUUGCUUGCGUAGGGGACAAUAAAUUUGGGCAGAGUCCUGAGACCAUUAUAGAUUGCUGUAUACAAGGCCAACAGCAUGCGGCUGUAAAACAAUUGGAAUCGGGGUGGUCCCAUUCGGGAUUUCUGAUGACCGAUGGACGAGUUUACCUAUGGGGUAGGAACAAUUACGGGCAGUUGGGCGUGGCAGCGACUGAUCAGGACGGCAACAAUGGGCGGACGAUGAUGUUGGACAUCGAAAGCGAGGUGAUUAAAUUUUGCUUGGGUUCACAGCACGGGAUAGCCCUAACGGUUGAAGAAACCGUUUAUACGUGGGGUUGGAACGAACACGGUAAUUGCGGAACGGGAGGCGUCGAGAAUGUGAGAUCACCGACUAGAAUUGAGGGGAUGCCGAACGUCAAAGACAUAGCCGCUGGUGCUGGAUUUUGUUGGGCAUUAAAGAAGCUGUGAUGAAGCAUUUGCAAGGUUUUUAUGGCCCCCAGAACACGGGGUCAAAUAUUUGACGAGGAAUGAACUUAAGAGUAAACAUCUGUUUGACACUAAUGAAAAUUCGAUCGGUUCGAACCAGCUAUUUGAGCAUUGAUUUGUUUUAGGUAAAAUAUUUGACCUA